AUGGAUAUAGCACUGGUAGAAAAUGAUUAUAUUCUACCGACUGUAAUUUAUAAACAUGAUUGGGUUCAUAUACUUUAUAUAGGAAUAUGCAUUAUCUUCUUUAUGAUUCAAGUUUGUCAACGUAUAACUGUAGAUCUCAUUUACUCAUCAAAAGAUUUCAAAACUGAAACUUAUGUUCCAUCUCUCAAUCGAUAUCCAACUGAGUUAACUCCGACACCUUCAAGUAUUUCAUAUAUUUGGUAUCUUGUUUUUUUUUGGCAGGCUGCAUGGAUAAUAUAUUCAAUCAUUGGUAUUUUCCGUCGUACGUCAUCAGGUACAUAUUUCUAUCAACAUCCAUGUGCUAUGAAUAAAUGGUGUUAUUUCUAUACUGUAUUUGGUCUUAUUUUGUUUACGCCACAAUUGGCAGCUGCUGCACGAAAUAAAUAUGGAAUUGGAAUUUCAAUAUUUCGUCAUUUGGGAACAUUAUGUGAAUUAAUUAUAAUUCUAGUUGUUGUUCAUGUAUCAUUAUGGGAAAAUUUAAAAAGUUAUUUGCGAAAUAGAUUUUUUGUCGAUGUUUGGUUAACACGAUUAUUAUAUCAUAAUGGUUUAGCUUUAUGGGCAUCUGUUCUUUUCUACGAGAGUUGUUUGUCAAUCAUCAUAGGUCUUAUUUAUGGUGAUAUAGUUUCACCAUCAAUAGCUUCUAUUAUCGGAUGUUUUCUUCUUUUAUUUGGUUUUAUUACACUUGCUAUUCUUGAAAACGGUGUUUUCUAUAAUUCACUUGCAUUUACUUUAUCACCAUGGCUUACUUUUUUAUGGCUUUUGGGAGAUGUUGUUUUUCGCUCACAUAAAGAAUUCUCUUCAUCUUCUUUAGCCAUUUGUAAUGUUAUAUCUCGUUAUAAUGAAAUCAAACGACUCAUAUUAAAUGAUUUUAAAAAUGAUCCAACUAUAUUAAGUAUUGAUGGAUUACUAGAUGCAUUGCUUGUACUUAAUGAUGAAUGUUCUAAUGCAACCUUGAGAAGAGAAAAAACAGUUAAAGCAUAUCUUGAAAAUGUUGUUGUUGUAAAAAUGAAAAAUACGGAGCAAAUAUUUGCCAUGAAAAUCAUGAAUAAAUCAGAAAUGUUGAAAAGAGCCGAUGUAGCUUGUUUUCGUGAGGAACGUGAUAUUCUAGUAUAUGGUGAUUCUCAAUGGAUAACAAAGCUUUAUUAUGCAUUUCAUGAUAGUGAAAAUUUAUAUCUUCUAAUGGAGUAUUAUCAUGGUGGUGAUCUUCUAACUUUAUUAUCAAAAUAUGAUGAUGAGUUUUCAGAAGAUAUGACUCGAUUUUAUGUUGCUGAAAUAAUCUUAGCAAUUGACUCUUUACAUGAGCUUGGUUAUAUUCAUCGAGAUAUAAAACCUGACAAUAUAUUAAUCGAUAGUACAGGACAUAUUCGCUUGGCAGAUUUUGGUUCUUGUCUUCGAAUGAGAGCUGAUCGAACAGUGCAGAGCAAUGUUUCUGUUGGUACACCUGACUAUAUUUCACCUGAAGUGUUAUCUGCAAUGAAUGAAGGUCAAGAUCGUUUUGGAUGUGUAUGUGAUUGGUGGAGUUUGGGAUGUGUUAUGUGGGAAAUGUUAUUUGGUUCACCUCCAUUCUAUGCUGAGACAUUAGUUGAUACUUACGGAAAAAUAACGGCUCGUGAUCAAAAUAAAAUUCCACUUUCAUUCCCCGAUAAUAUCGAAAUAUCGAAUGAUGCGAAAGAUUUAUUAGAGAAGCUUCUUUGUUCAGCAAAUAAUCGUCUUGGAAAAGAUGGACUUAAUGAUUUUAAAAAACAUCCAUUUUUUGCCACAACUGAUUGGACUAACCUAAGACAAAAUGGUCAUAUUUCUUCAAUUAGUGCAUCUAGACAACUGGAAGCUAGCAAACAUGAGGAAACAAUAAAGUUAUUGGAGCUUGAACGAACAUCAUUAGUUAAAGAAUUAAAUCAUUUGCGUCAAUUAUAUGACGAAGUGAAAAGUGAUUCUAUUAUACAAAAACGUCAAAUACAGUUAUUGCGAGAUUUUUAUACCGAACAAAAUGAAGUAUCAAAACAUGAACAAAUUGAAUAUUUUACUCGUAUUUUAAAUUUAAUUCAAGAUCUUCCUGAUUCAAAUAGAAAUAAAAAUUUCAAUAGACAAAAUUCUUCAUCUUUAUCAUUAGAAGAAAUAAGAAAUGAUUUAGAUCAACGAAUAAAUUCUGUUACAACUAAUUAUAAGUCAUUAUUAAUGAAGGUUUCUAAAGACAAAGACAAGUCUAUUUCAAAUGAUGUUUCUCUUCUUAUAUCAAAAUUUCAAGACAAGUUUUCUCAUUUAUUCAAUAAUAAUGGGAGUGAUGAAAUGACAUUGACAACGGAAGAUACAAAUAUAAAUAAUCCAUUACUGAAAAAUAUUAUUUCAUUUCUUAAUGAUCUAUACAAACAAAUAAAUAAAAUUUUACAUGAUAAAAUAGAACUUAGUGAACAACUAAUUACCUUAGAAAAAAGACAUCGUAACUAUUCAAAAAUACAAGCAAAAAUAUAUAAAAUUAUUAAUGAAGAUAAACAUUCAAAUUCAUAUUUAAAACAAUUAGCAAAUCAAAUGACUGAAGAACUUGAUCAAAUAGAAGAAUUAACAGAUCGUCGAUCAACUGUCACUAGUAUAACAUCAUCGAUUUCGACUAUUGAAAACAAACCAUCACGCGUACUGAGUCAUUCAUUGAAACUGCAACACAUGGAGAUUCAACAAUUAAGAAUAGCACUCGAAAGAGAAAUUGAAGUUAGACAACAAGUAGAAGAAAAAUUAAAACGAUCGGAAGCAAAAAUUAUUUGCAAAAUUGAUGAAAUUAAUCAUUUGAAACAAGAAAAUGAACUAAUCAAAAAACAAUUAGUUGAUGAACAAGUAAAACAUUUAUCAAUAACAACUAUUCCAGACAAAUCAUCGACUACCGAUGGUUCUAAUUGUACAUCAACUCAUGAAUUUUUAAGACCUAUCACUAGUGAACCAUCCGUUCUACAAGCGCCAUCGGAUAAGCCAAAUAUUAAUCAAGGACUAACUCUACCUCAAAACGAAUUUCAUGAUUUUAGAAUCAAUAAUUUUUCUUCGCCAUAUAUUUGUCAUCAUUGUCACGAUGUCUUAAUUGGGCUUAUGCGACAAGGAUUUUUCUGUGAACGUUGUGAGAUAAUAUGUCAUCCUGAUUGUAUAGAGAAAGUCAAAAUGCCAUGUGAACCGUCUAAUAAAGAUCCAGAUCAAGCUAAUCUAGGCGUUCAACAUAUUGUUCAGAUACCAAAAGCUGGUGGUAUACGAAAAGGCUGGAAUCAAUGUCAAAUAUUAUUUUUUCAAACAAAAUUAUUAUUUUAUGACUUAUCAAAUAAUUCAAAUGUAGCAAAGUCAGGACCAUCUUUAAUAAUUGAUCUUAAUGAUGAUACAUUUAAUGUUUGUUCAAUAACACCAGAAGAUGCAAUACAUGCUAAAAAGAGAGAUAUACCAAACAUUUUUAAGAUUAGUGUAGAAAAAUUAUCAUCACCAAAACAAGUGAAAGAUCUAUAUGUAUUAACCAAUAAUGAGUCAGAAAAAAAUCAAUAUAUUAGCAUACUAUACGAUCUAUCAAUGAAAUUCAAUAGUCAUACAAAGAAUGGUUUAAGACAUUCUGAAAAUUUUACUACAAAAGAAAUAUUUGAUAUAAGUUUACAAAAAAUAAUAGGAGCUCACAUUCUUGAUUCCAACCGUUUCCUAAUUUUUGGUGAAGAGGGUCUUUAUUUACUCGAUAUCUUUGAUAAUAAACCUACAAGAUUAUACAAAAAAAUUAUUCAUCAAUUAUCUUUAAUAUCAGACAAUCAAUUAUUAGUAAUGCUAUCUGGAAAGGAGCGCAUAAUACGUAUAACACCACUUAAAUGCUUACUUACUCAGUCGCAAUCAUCAUGGGAUGGCAAAAUACUUGAAACAAAAAAUGCAACAGCAUUUACAGUAAAUUCAACAUCUCUAACUUUAUGUGUUGCCAUUAAAAAUCGUCUUCUUCUUUAUAAAAUACAUUCGAAUCCUAGACCAUAUCCAUAUACACUUAUACACGAUUUGUAUACAACUCAAACACCCACAUAUUUAGAACUAUCGAUAUUAAAAAUAAAUAACAAUGAAGAAGAAAUACUCUGGUAUGGUUAUUCAUCAAUAUUUAUUGCACAACAGAUUGAUCAACAAUGUCCCAGCUUUGCUUUGUUAAGAGAUAUUGAUCUAACAUUACAAGUUUUUCGUAAACUACCUAUUGACAUUUUGCGUGUUAUACCUGUGACAAGUUCAUCAUCUAUCAAUGAACUUUUACUUGUCUAUAGUAAACUAGGUAUUUAUGUAAAUUAUUCAACAGGAAUGCGAACACGUCAUAGAGAAUUAAUGUGGGCAGCAGUACCAAUCUCAACAUCCUUCUCCGAUCCACAUUUACUUGUCUAUACAAAAAUAUCUAUUGAUAUUUAUGAUGUAUCAUUAGGAAUAUGGUUACAAUCAUUGCCAUUAUCAAAUACAUUUCCUUUAACAUCAGACGGAACAAUUUCUCUUUCUUAUGAUCCAGAACUUGUUAAACAUCAUGCAACAUUAAUUCACAUAACACAACCAAAUCGGUUAAAACAAGUUCUGAACAUAUCAGAAAGAUCUUCAAGUACAUUGAUAUCUGAGCCAACAAAUUUUAUACAUCUUGAGCAUCUAGGAAGAGAUGAAGGUUUAAAAAUACUAUUACGUUCAACAUACAAUCAACAGCAUGAUAGAGUAAAAUCGACCAAGAAAACACAUUUAUUGAGUUCACUGAAUGAUAAUAGAUCGCUGGCUACUAUAAAUUCACAUAGAUCAAGAGCACAUACGUCUAUACCACUUGAUGACACUGCUGUCCGGUUGGUUUAG